AUGGCUUUCUCGGACGAGACCAAGGACCGCGUCAACGCCGCUAUUGGCAUCGCCAAGAGCGUCAUCACCGUCGGCUGGAUUCCCCUGAUCAUCUACAUUGGCUACAAGAGCUCCAACCCCCAGCCCUCGCUCAUCAAGCUCAUCACCCCCCUCGCCUAA